CACGCGAAGAGAAAGAAUUCAAGGAUUCCCCGAGAAGCACUGCACAGAAACAGAACCCUCUCUCGCACCCUCACGCUCCAAGGCGGCGGCGGCGGCGGCGCGAUGGACGGCGGAGGCGCGGCCUCGCCCGAUACCGCCAUCUGCAUCGCCCCUGGCCCUGGGCCCAUCGUCGCGGUGCCCCCCGCCGGGAUCAGGGUGGAGAACUGCUACGUGUUCAAGAGCCGGCUGCAGGAGUACGCGCAGAAGGCUGGCCUUCCGACCCCGGAGUACCACACCCUGAAAGAAGGCCCGUCCCACGAACCUGUCUUCAAGUCCACGGUGUUGGUGAACAACACCACGUACGAGUCCCUGCCUGGGUUCUUCAGCCGGAAGGCUGCGGAGCAGUCGGCCGCGGAAGUCGCGCUCAUGGAGAUUGCCAUGUCUGCUCCGGUCGCCGAGACCAGAAGCAUCCCAGCAGUUCAAGAAACUGGCCUGUGCAAGAAUCUUCUUCAAGAGUAUGCUCAGAAGAUGAAUUACGCCAUUCCAUCUUAUAUUUGCACUAAGCAAGCGUCAGGUGUAGCUCCUUUCAUAUGCACUGUUGAGAUUGGUGGCAUACAAUACAUUGGUGCUGCGGCUAGAACAAAGAAGGAGGCAGAGAUAAAAGCUGCCCGAACUGCUCUUCUUGCAAUCCAGGGUCAAUCAGAAGGUUGUGCAAAUGGUGCUAAAAAGUACAUUGUUGUUCCUGGACAAAGGCCGGUUAAGGAGACAGAUAAAAAACCAACUGAAACCCCCAAACCACUUAAAGUGAAGAAACGUGGUUCCAAAAGGAAAUGGAACAAGAAGAAAUUGGUGGGGAUGGCUAACCAAAUUGUUGAUGCUCAAAAGGAUGUAGAGGGGCUUGGAAUGCUUCUACAGUAUGACCAUGAGGAAGCUGGAAGAAUAGAAUAUGAGUUAUCUAGAGAUACUGCAAUGGUUCAAUUUAACAAGGAAGUUAUAGUGAUGCAACCUGGUGAGGGAGAUAGGAUAGUGCAACCGGAGUCACCCAGAGAUCCUGCACAGGUCCAACAUAACAAUGCAGCUAGAAGUGUCGAACAGGACCCACUCAGCAACACUGAAGUGGUGAUGCCUAACAAUGAAGCUAUAACUAUAGAGCAUGAGCCGCUGAGUGCCUAUGUACCGUUGCAAUCUAAUGGGGAUUCUACAGAUGUGAAGGAGGCACCAAGUAAUACCUCAAUGAUGCAGGGUGAGGAAUCAGAAACCACAAGGCAAGAAGCACCUCACACUGGUGAACUGGUUCAACCUAACUAGGAACCUACUUUUGAAGGAAGCAAAUCUUUCUGAACGGGAAAACCAAAAUGUAGGAAAUGCAUGCGUUGCUGUAGGCAAAUAAGUCCACUGUUGUGUCUGUGGAGGAAUAGAGGAGAGUAUGUGAACCGAGAUAGCUAGUUUAUGUUUGUUAUCAUUAGCCGGUUGUAUUUGGUCAGGUUUUCCCUGUCAUAUUGGUGACCUUUGCUUACAUGUGCAAUGAAUUUGAGGUAGCCGAUCCAAAUCUCCACUUGGCCACUGGAUGGUUGCUUAAAUGAUGUUAUUCAUUAUUUUAA